CUCUCCUCCCCCAGAAAUGGUGAAAUCGCGGAAUUUGAAAUUGGACGCGCAUUAGGCGAUUGCUGGACGUGACAAAAAUCGCUGUUUUUUUUUAUUCGACGUCAUUGUAUUUAAUUUGUCUCGAUUUCCUUUGCGUCAUUUUUGUUGACAGAUCUUGUUUGGGGGGGUCACUCGUUAAUUUAAUGUCGUUGAUCUCUCGUGAAGUAUUCGGUUCUGUGGGACUUGGUAAAUAAGCUGAGCAAAUAGAGUUAUCUCAGUUUCAAGGACGAGACAGGUAGUGGUUGUCUGGCGGAUACUGGAGCGCCUCUCCGAUUGAAACCAUCACGUAUCUUUAAAUCAUCUGUUUAAUUUUAAUUUCUGUCGGAGCAUCGUGAGAUAUCACUAAUAAUCAAGACAUGUCGAUAAAAUUGGAGAACGUACUCAUCAGCGAUCCCGUUGAUGGAUCGUGCAUCGAUCUAUUGAAGAGUCAUGGCAUCGCAGUCACGACAAAGUACAAAUUGCCGAAGGAUGAACUGCUCCAGGAGAUCAAGAACUACGACGGGUUGAUCGUGAGGUCCGAGACGAAGGUCACAGAGGAGGUGAUUGCAGCGGGGACAAACCUUCGUGUUAUAGGGCGCGCUGGGACAGGAGUUGAUAACAUUAAUGUUGACGCUGCGACGAAGAAGGGAAUCGUCGUCCUAAAUACUCCAGGUGGUAAUAGCAUCAGUGCCUGUGAGCUAACAUGCACCCUGAUUUCCUCCCUCGCGAGGAAUGUGGCCCAGGCAGCUCAAUCCAUGAAGGAAGGCAGAUGGGACAGGAAGUUGUACUCUGGUUUCGAAUUAUACGGAAAAACCUUGGCAGUCCUGGGCUUCGGUCGCGUGGGACGAGAGGUCGGCCUCCGAAUGCAGUCCUUUGGGAUGAAGAUCGUGUGCUUUGAUCCAAUAGUCAGUGCUGAGGAUGCUGCAAGUGCUGGGGCUACGAAGCUCAGUCUCGACGAGAUUUGGCCGGUCGCUGAUUACAUAACUGUCCACACACCCCUCAUUCCGCAGACUAAGAAUUUGAUCGGAACUGCGAGUCUCUCCAAAUGCAAGAAGGGAGUGCGCGUGAUAAAUGUAGCUCGAGGUGGAAUUAUCAACGAGGCGGAGCUCCUGGAGGCCUUGAAGUCCGGCCAGUGUGCAGGGGCUGCUCUGGACGUCUUCAGCGAGGAGCCACCGAAAAACCCGGUGACCCUAGAGCUUAUUCGCCACCCUAAUGUCAUCGCAACUCCUCACCUGGGUGCCAGCACUGCCGAGGCACAGCAACGAGUCGCAGCUGAGAUCGCGGAGCAGUUCCUCGCCAUUUCCGGGAAAUCGGAUAAAUACUCUGUUACUGGUGUCGUUAACCCAUCGGUAUUGGCCAAGUGAUGGAGGAGAAAUAUUGGAGCAGACAUUCUCAGACCAGCAAUAUCUAUUAUAUUCUGACGUCGAUUGAUAUGUGUAUGUGCAAUCGUUACAAUAAAAAAAGUUUCUAUAAAAAAUUAUAAAAA